AUGGGGCUUCCACCUCUGCAGCAGUGCACCCACUGCCAGGAGACAGAACCAGAAGUGAUGCCGACAAAGGCCAUCAGGGAUGGAGUGGCUGUCACUGAAAUGACACCUUAUGAAAACUUUCUGGCUGGUUUCAAGGCACAAAGAAGACUGGGGAAGCUUAUAGGGACAAAAUACGUGUGUGGAUUCAGGAAAAUGAUCAGAACAAACAAAGCAGCAAAAGCCACUUUAUUUGGGUCUUUGAAACAAGAGGUAGAGAGGAUUGUAGACAAAAGGAAGAACAAGAAGGGCAAAUGGGAAUAUCUGAUUAGGUGGAAAGGCUAUGGGAGCAAUGAGGACACCUGGGAACCUGAACACCACCUGCUCCAUUGUGAGGAAUUUAUUGAUGAGUUCAACAGACUGCACGUUACCAGAGAGAAGCGAUCCCGGCACGGCAAACAGGGCAGCGCUCCCAAACUGCUGCGGGAAAGCCGAGGCUCGUCCGUGGAGAAAAUAUCACACAGACCUUCUGAAUCUGGGAAGUCUAAAGGAUCAACACACAAAAGGAAGAGAAUUAAUCCAUCUCAUCAAAAACAGAAACGAGGAUAUGCAGCAAAGCCAGGAUCUGCAAAUGACAGGGCUGCUAAAACUGUGACUUACCGAACUACUCCCAGCGGUUUACAGAUUAUGCCACUGAAAAAGCCACAUAAUGGUCUGCAGAAUGGAGAUGGCAGCCAUGAGAAAGAUUCUAGACAUUUUGGGAAUGGCUCACAGCAGCAAAACGUGGAUUUAAAUGAUCACGAAGGAGAACAGAACUUGCCCAGCGUGUUGGAAGUCAGUAACAAUUCCCCUGUGGUGAAUGGCAUUGGUUCUUCCCUGACCAAUGGAAGCUUGAAUCUACACAGCACUGUGAAAAGGAAACUCGAUGGAGAGAAAGAUUAUGUGUUUGAUAAGAGACUGAGAUACAGCGUGCGCCAAAAUGAAAGUAACUGUCGCUUCAGGGACAUUGUGGUCCGCAAAGAAGAUGGUUUCACUCAUAUUCUGCUGUCAAGUCAGACUUCAGAGAACAAUGCACUGACCCCAGAGAUCAUGAAGGAAGUUCGGAGAGCAUUGUGCAAUGCAUCAGCUGAUGACAGUAAACUCUUACUUCUCAGCGCAGUGGGAAGUGUAUUCUGUAGUGGCCUAGAUUACUCAUAUUUAAUUGGCAGGUUAUCCAAUGACAGAAGAAAGGAAAGCACUAGGAUUGCAGAAGCUAUAAGGGAUUUUGUAAAAGCUUUUAUUCAGUUUAAGAAGCCAAUUGUGGUUGCUAUCAACGGCCCUGCUCUGGGGUUAGGAGCUUCUAUUUUACCACUCUGUGAUAUCGUUUGGGCAAGUGAGAAGGCUUGGUUUCAGACACCAUAUGCAACAAUCCGACUCACUCCAGCUGGCUGCUCAUCAUACACAUUCCCACAAAUUCUGGGUGUUGCACUGGCAAAUGAGAUGUUGUUCUGUGGGAGAAAGCUGACAGCACAGGAAGCCUGCAGCAGAGGACUGGUGUCACAAGUAUUCUGGCCAACAACAUUUAGCCAAGAAGUGAUGCUACGAGUGAAAGAAAUGGCAUCCUGCAGUGCAGUGGUGUUGGAAGAGUCCAAAUGUCUCGUGCGGAGCUUCCUGAAAUCUGGACUUGAAGAGGUGAACGAGAAGGAGUGUCAGAUGUUAAAACAGCUGUGGAGUUCUUCCAAAGGACUGGAUUCAUUAUUCAGCUACUUGCAAGACAAAAUUUAUGAAGUCUGAUAUCUUGGCCUAACUUAAAGAGAAAUUGCUCCGGUUGUGACCAGAGUCAGACAUGACCAUGUUUGAGAAGCAGAGGCAAUGCAUCAGUGAGGAAUUUGUGACAGUGAUCCCAAUGCCUGUGGCUGUGUGAGCUGCACAGCCGCUCGUAGCUGGUUUGAUUUUGUGUAACCAAGACGUGGGCAGGCGUUCAGUGCACGUAACCUGUGCAGAGGCUGCAUCUUUCACAUUGCUCAUCCACAUCCAACUCUACAUUCCAUGUGCUGAGAAGCACCACUGAGGCCCAGCAAGGCUCACCCCCCUGUAAGGGUUUAUUUUGUCUGUCCUUCUUAACUUAUUCUUGCUGUUGCAGCACAUCUGGGCUGACACAGAGGGCUCAGUCUAAAAUCUAGGUCAGCACGACCUUUGGUAGACCCAAAAACCAUACAUUAGAAAUAUGUUAAUUAUUUUUUUCUAAGUUCUAACAGUUUAAUGGAAAAAUUUCAUAAUUUAUAUGUAUAAUAUGUAAAGUUAGUUUACAAAAACUUCUAGAAAUUUUUUCUUUGUUAAAUUUAUUUAACUUAUUUAUUUUGUGUUCAUAUUCAGCUGUUUAUUGAUCACAGAUCUUAUUUUCAUAUUACCCUUUUGACUGAAUUGAAGGUAUCACAUGAGAAUGCAAACACAUUUUUAGCAGCAAACUGAGUAGAAAAAUAAAGAAUAUAUAGAAAACCCACAGAAUAUUGUGGGCAGUAAAUGAAACAGCCACGUGCAUGCUCCUCCAUGUGUAAAACUGUACAAAAAAUGUAUGAAACAGAUUCAUUUGCCAGGGUUAAGAGAAAAAAAAAAGUGGGUUCUGACACAGUGAGUCCCCCUUAAGUCUCUCUUCACUUUCUGCCUUCUUGAGGAGCACUGAAGGGCUCACCAACCAGAUGCUUUAUUUAAGUUUACUAUACUCCUGUUAGCCGAUACCAGUAACAGGGUGAGUGGUGCCCUGCGUGGCAUCGUACUGUUUUUCAGGUUUAAACACCCCUGAUGGUCUGAAGUCUAAAAGCAAAUCCUUAUGAGCCUUAGUCUAGCUGCCUGAUUCCUCAGGUGUGAGAUAAUUUCUGCUCUGGAGGCCUUUGGGUGUGGGCCAGCAGUUUAUACAAGGUGCUAGGCAUUGAACUCAGUGGAGGCAGAAGUUUUGUUUUGCUUUUCCCAGCUCUCCACAUCUGGCCACCCCAGCACCUGUUACAAGAACUUCUGGCUAUCCAUAAAAGCAGUCCACAAUAAAGAAGGAAAAUCCAAUCUGCUCUUUUGAAUGUGAUCCUAGUACUGUUCAGUGACACUGACAGACUUCUGAACACUGGAUGUCUCUCAGUUCUUUCCUGCCAUGGGCAGUUUGUGUGGAAAGGACAGGAGCAUGCUCUGAGACUUCACCUGCCAUUGUACGCCCAAAUUGAAACCUCUUGAAGCAGAAGCUUUGCACAUUUGUUUGCUUUGUAAUUUGUGCAGUUGCUCUCCACCCUUGAGCUCAGUGACUUAUUAUGAUUUAAACCUCUGCAAAUGAGGCUGCUCAGCUUUCUCCCUCAGCAUUUCCAUAAAGAGUUUCAACAAAGCCUAUGUAAAGUUAACAAACAGGUGAUUACAGUAAACAGUAGCCUUCAACAUAUUAAUGUAACAUUUCUUUUUCCACAAAUAAUUAGAAGUGCUGUUUUUAUGCCCUAAUUGUACCACUGAAUUUUAAGGAAAUCAUUACUCUAAAUGCAGAAGUUCUCAUGGUAAUUCUUCAUUAAAAAGACAGAAUCUGGCUUCUAAUUAGCCUGUUCAAAAUGUUUUUUAAAAGGAACUUAUUAGCUUAUUUUAAAAUGACUGAAAGAGAACUCUUUCAAUAACUAUUUGAAGUGAUGGGUGCACCACUUGGUUUAUACCAACCCUUGCUGUUGUGCACAACUUGCCAGCAGCACCGUGGGGCACGUUGGAUUGAUGUGCUGGGCUCCCAGCAGGGCGGGUGCACACGGAGUCACCUGGAAAAAGAGGGGUUACCCAGUGAAAACCACUCACACACACAC